AUUAUCACACAUUCAACAAUGAUAAUGGCAUCAAGACAAUUCUUCAUUCUCACCCUUCUCUCCCUCUUCCUUGCCCACUCCAUUAAUGCUUCCCCACACAGGCAUCACCAUUCUUUGAGGAGGGCUAAAACUCCAUGCAAAACCCUAUCCUUCUACUUCCACGAUAUAAUCUUCAACGGCCAUAAUUCCCACAAUGCCACUGCCGCCAUUAUGGGGUCACCCGCCUGGGGCAACCGCACAAUCUUGGCCGGCCAAAACCACUUUGGAAACAUGGUCGUGUUUGACGACCCUAUUACCUUGGACAACAACCUACAUUCGACGCCUGUGGGGCGGGCUCAAGGCUUCUAUCUCUACGACAAGAAGGAUAUCUUCACGGCGUGGCUAGGGUUUUCCUUCGUCUUCAACUCGACUGAACAUAAAGGCAGCAUUAACUUCGCCGGAGCUGACCCUUUGAUGAAUAAGACUAGGGACAUUUCGGUCAUUGGUGGCACUGGGGAUUUCUUCAUGACCAGAGGAAUGGCCACUUUGAGCACUGAUGCUUUUGAGGGUGAAGUUUACUUCAGACUUCGCGUUGAUAUUAAGUUGUACGAGUGUUGGGAAUACUGAUCUGAUCGAGGAAUUGAAGUUGUAUAGUACUUGACAUCGUUACGUUGUUUAAAACAAGAAGAGGGAGGAAGCUAAGAAAGAAAAACGUUAACAAUUUUCUGUCUUGGAACUAUGAUUUCUACAAGUUUUCAUAUAAUUGUUUCUUUGUUCUUGGUUUUCUAUGUGUAUUUUGGUGUUUUUUUUUUUUUUUU